GUUCUCAGUCUGAUCGCAGGCGUCUCGCAGAACGGUUCAGCUCUUGGUCGCGUAAAGUGGACAAAUUAGGUGCAAUCCAGUCAACCAGCUUAACAAGAGGGAACAACGGCCUCCAUUACCCCAUUUGGGUCUCACUAAUUUGAUAAAAUUGCAGUUACCAGUGUGAGCUUUUAUCAAUUUAUUCGGAGGCUCGACAUACACACUCCUACGGGGGCAGAUCGCAUCAUGGAGAGCGUGAAAUCGUUUUUCGGCAACUCGAACAAGGAGAGCAAUCUGAGCCAUCAACAAUCUCAGUCUGGGAUGAAUUCUGGAAUGAGUAUUACAAAUCGCUGGCAGCGUUGGAGCAGUCAUACAUCCCACACAGACUCACACGGUGCUGUAAACUCGGCAAUGGAUAAUACCAAUCAAUUUGCCGAUAAGCGCAAGGACAGUGAUAAUUACUUCUAUAUAAUGUGGCGCGCUUGAAGAUAAAGGCUGAGAUUAUGUCCGCGUGGCCAAUAACUUUUUAAGAUCUACAUAUAUACAAACCAACAAUCAAAUACUUCUACUUUACUUUUAAAGAGUGACCUGCAGCAAUCGACGUACAUAUUUGUGUAAAACCUGAUUAGAAACAUCGGAGAGUGCUCGCGCUGUGACUAUAUAUUGCACAAUCUCCCUAGAAUCCGGUGUUUAGUGAUAUUAGUUAUUUAUUGACAAGUCUUUUUUAUACAACAACCACAAGGAGUAAAAUACAUUCAUUUUAUAUAUUUUGUAACAUUCAUACAAUUAUACACACGUACAUACAUACAUCCAUAAACAAUUCACUAACUGUCCGAUCGAUUCCAUUAUCAAUAUAUGGACACGAUUACCUUGCUGGGCCUUGCAUCGUGGCUAAUCAGCAUGAUAUUGUUUGGACCCCUUAUGUUCUUUGUCUGCGUCUACCUUCCGGAACUUCCAGUGCGAUAUUUAAAAAGUCUGAGGCAGCAGACCUAAUGUCUAGCAUAGAAUACAGUUAAUUGACAACCAUUAUAUUGAUGCACGGACACUCGAUCGAUCGGUGGAUUAUUAUAAAUACAAAUGAUUACUACUUAUAUAUGCAAAUUGCAAAAAACAAAA